AAAAAAAAAAAAAAAAAAAAAAAAGAUGAUCAUGCUUUCAUUGAUGAGUUGAGUUCGAUAAGCUGAGAGUGGAGAAGAAUUGGUUGGCUUUGGCCAGAGAAAAUGGCGAAGCUGCUUCCAUGUCUUCAAGCUCCCCAUCUGGUUUCUUCCAUCAAUCGGGGAACCCUUUCUUUCAUUCUCUCCAAACCAAUUCCGUUUCGCUCUUCUUCUUCGUCUUCCUUCUUACAAUGUCGCUUCGCUUUCGCUCUUUCUCCUUCUCCUGCCUCACGCCGCUGCCUCUCUGUUCGAGCAUUCGAAGACUCUGCAUCGGAGACCAAGCGCCUGGAUAGAGAAGAAGCAGAUGCUGCAAACGAGGUUCCGAUGAACAGUGAAGGCGGGAGAGCUCGCGAUGAGGAUUAUCCAAGCGGAGAAUUCGAAUUCGAGAAGUUUGGCCCGUGGAGGAGCUUUUUGGUGAAGCUUAAGAUGCUGGUUGCCUUUCCUUGGGAGCGCGUUCGUAAGGGCAGUGUCUUGACUAUGAAAUUGCGAGGACAGAUAUCUGAUCAGCUAAAGAGCCGUUUCUCUUCAGGGCUUUCUCUACCUCAAAUCUGCGAGAACUUUGUCAAAGCCGCGUAUGAUCCUCGUAUAUCUGGGAUCUAUUUGCAAAUUGAAGCUCUAAAUUGUGGGUGGGGUAAAGUUGAAGAACUUCGAAGGCAUAUCCUGAAUUUCAAAAAAUCAGGUAAAUUUAUUGUUGCCUAUAUUCCUACAUGUCAAGAGAAAGAAUACUACCUGGCAUGUGCAUGUGAGGAGAUAUAUGCCCCCCCAAGUGCUUAUGUUUCAUUGUUCGGCUUGACUGUUCAAGCUUCAUUUCUCAGAGGUAUUUUUGAUAAAAUAGGGAUUGAACCACAAGUGGAGAGGAUAGGUAAAUAUAAAAGUGCUGGUGAUCAACUAGCACGGAGAAAUAUGUCGGAGGAAAAUUGUGAAAUGUUGACGACCUUGCUUGAUAAUAUCUAUGACAACUGGCUGGAUAAAAUUUCUUCAAUAAAAGGAAAGAAAAAAGAAGAUAUUGAAAGCUUUAUUAAUGAAGGAGUGUACCAAAUUGAAAGACUAAAAGAAGAUGGCUGGAUCACCAACAUACAGUACGAGGACGAGAUUCUCUCUAUGCUAAAUGAAAGACUUGGACUGCCGAAGGAUAAAAAAGUUCCCAUGGUUGAUUACAGGAAGUACUCUAAAGUUCGGCAAUCAACCGUUGGUUUAUCAGGAGGUGGAGACCAAAUAGCUGUGAUUAGAGCUGGAGGAAGCAUUAGUCGUGUGAAAAGUCCUUUAAGUGUUCCUAGUUCUGGUAUUAUUGGGGAGCAAUUCAUUGAGAAGAUUCGGAGUGUUCGAGAGUCGAAAAAAUUCAAGGCUGCCAUCAUCAGAAUUGACAGUCCUGGAGGUGAUGCUCUUGCUUCUGAUUUGAUGUGGAGAGAAAUCAGACUUCUGGCUGCAUCAAAACCUGUCGUUGCAUCCAUGGCUGAUGUUGCAGCCAGUGGAGGAUACUAUAUGGCAAUGGCAGCUGGGACCAUUGUUGCAGAAAAUCUAACCUUAACUGGUUCUAUUGGAGUUGUCACAGGGAAGUUUAACUUGGGGAAACUAUAUGAAAAGAUUGGCUUUAACAAGGAAAUCAUAUCAAGGGGAAGAUUUGCUGAGCUUCUUGCGGCAGAACAACGACCUUUCAGACCAGAUGAAGCAGAACUCUUUGCCAAGUCUGCACAAAAUGCGUACAAGCAAUUCCGUGACAAAGCAGCCUUUUCCAGAUCCAUGACUGUGGAUGAGAUGGAGAAAGUUGCGCAAGGAAGGGUUUGGACUGGUAAACUUGCAGCAUCCCAUGGUUUAGUGGAUGCUAUCGGUGGAUUUUCUCGGGCUGUUGCUAUAGCAAAACAGAAAGCCAACAUUCCUCAAGACAGCAAGGUUAAUCUUGUGGAAUUAUCGAGACCGUCGCCAACGCUACUGGAGGUAGUAAGCGGAGUAGGGAGUACAAUUAUUGGAGUUGAGGGGACAGUGAAAGAACUGCUGCAAGACCUUGCUUUGUCAGAAGGAGUUCAAGCUCGGAUGGAAGGGAUUAUGCUGCAGAGAAUGGAGGGAUUUGCUUAUGGCAACUCCGUCUUUGGUUUGAUAAAAGAUUACCUCAGUUUCCUCUAACUUCGUUGAAAGGCAGAUGAACUUUUCAAACACAUUUAUUGUCCAAUAUUUGGAACGUAUGAUAUAGGCUCGUAGGGAGCGUCCCAAUUGAACAAGAAACUGUAUAGAUAGUAUGACAAACUUGGGAUCUUUUCAUGGAUGAUUUUGUAGAAUCUUUGGUGCCAUGUUAUUCGUAUCUGCUUUUAUUUUGUUAUA